GUUCCGGUCGUCGUCGUCUACGUCCACACUCCGACUUGGUUGAGAAGAAGAAAGAAGAGAUGGCAGGACACAAGGUUGCACAUGCGACAUUGAAAGGGCCUAGCGUUGUCAAGGAGUUAGUUAUCGGUUUGGCACUCGGUUUAGCUGCUGGUGGUCUUUGGAAGAUGCACCAUUGGAACGAACAGAGGAAAACCAGAACUUUCUAUGACUUGCUUGAGAGAGGUGAGAUCAGUGUUGUAGCUGCUGAAGAGUAAUUUAGCCGCUCAAAACCUGGUUCCUCAAGACUCUGUUUGAUUUCCAUUUCUGUUUGUUUUUAUUUUUGGUUGGGUUUCUUAAAAAAUAAACAAAUCUGGGUAUG